GAGGAGGUACUUGUUGCUGCAGACCCUCCUCUCUUUCUCUCAAAUACAAAACCCUCGUUUUCUUCCAUUUCAGGAUUCCAACCUAAUUCGCUCCCGGGGUUUCCUAUGCAAAUCCCAACAACCGCCCUUCUCCGUUGGACCCUAUUACUCGCCGGCUUCUUCUUCUUCUUCUAGGGUUUUUGCUUCCGCAAUGGGCAGCGUCGAUCGAGCCGAUGAUCGGACCUUCAAGGUUAAUCUCACCGGCGAUUCUCUUCUUAAGCUCCGCGACAGCGUCGGCGAGAAGCUUAAGGAGUUCAUGGGCGAUUACACCGACGACACUCUUGUGGAGUAUGUCAUAGUCCUUUUGAAGAAUGGCAGAUGUAAAGAAGAAGCGAAGAAUGAGCUGAAUGUCUUUUUAGGGGAUGACAGUGAUUCUUUUGUUUCUUGGUUAUGGGAUCAUCUGGCUUCAAAUACCGAUUUGCAUAUACAACCUCAGGAUUCUUAUAUGGAAGAUGCAAAUAAAAGGAAAUCCGCAUCAGGGGAUGAAACUGGAAUAAAUGAUUCUCAUCGUUUGAGUUCUGCGCCAGACAAAGUUAAGUCUAACAAGUCAUCUAGAAGCCGGCACAACAGAGAAUGGAGAGGACUAGCCAGGGAUGCAGCGGAACCCCCUCCUUUUCUAAGCUCUGAGCUUGGAAAUGUUCAAGUUGAGACAAAAGUUCAUAGCAAGGUUAGUCGUGCUAAAUCUCCUUCGCUGCAGCCUGCAGCUCAGAGGAAAAGAGUUCGGCCUGAUGAGCGGCAGCAUUCAAAGAGGGAGGUAGCUUCUCAAGUGAAUAUCGAUGCCCCUCGUCGGCUACUCCAAUUUGCUGUUCGUGAUGCUCUGACGACUUCCAGGCAAUCCAAUUCAACAACAGAGCCCACCUUAAAGCGUCUCCGUUCUGUGGUUUCUACAUCCACUGGUGACUCAUCAUUGGUUGAUCCUCCUCGGCGACUUCAGUCUGUUGCGAGAGUGCCAAAUUCCAUGGCAACAGUAAUGAGAGCUGUUGCAGAGGCUGCUGAAGAUGUAACAAGAGUUAAAUCUUCAGGAAGUGUGUUUGACCGACUUGGUCGUGGUAUGGAUGUCUCUGAGACCAGUGGGCCACUUGCAUCGUUUAGAGAAGCUGCUACCGAGGAUGUUGAUUAUGAAGAAAUUCAUGAACGCACCCGAUCAACAUAUCUGCAAAGAAGUCAAUACAUUGGGCAGUAUGCUGGGAACUCUAUGUUAGACAGUGAAACUGGCUUGCCUUCUGAUUCUGUUUCAGACAAUGAAGGCUUUGAUGAUGUCAAUGUUAAGGGUCAUAGAGUCGCUGAUGUUUCUCAAACUAGGACAUCUGUUGGAAACAAAGGUGACAGUUCACUGAUGGUGCAGUACAGUGUAGCUAAGAACGGUGAUGAUCUAAGGCGGAUAUCAACUAACAAAGAUCAGGGUCAACCUACUGCUCCUGCAAAUAAUUCUCAUAAAAUCGUGAACAUAUCCGUGAAUGUCAAUGCUUGGAAACCACCCCAUUAUCAGGAGCCAAGAGAGGUAGCUGAGCUGGACGAUUGGAAAUCUGUACAGGAUAUUGAUGCCGGCGCUCCAAAUUCUGAUUUGCGUUUAAUGAAGGAGAACAGCAACCCUGUGCCAGUUAUUAAUGGAAAUGCAAAUCCUGCAGCAGAUUCUCAGAAGGCGCUUUCAUCUUCUACUGAUCGUGCAGGUCUAUAUGCUGCUGGUCGUCCUUUGGAGGAUGCAGAUUCCCGAACUAUCUUUGUUAGUAAUGUCCACUUUGCUGCCACGAUAGAUAGUCUUUCUAGACAUUUUAACAAGUUUGGUGAAGUGCUAAAGGUGGUGAUACUUACUGAUGCAGCAACUGGACAACCUAGAGGAUCGGCUUAUGUUGAGUUCAUGCGAAAGGAGGCAGCAGACAACGCGUUAUCUUUGGAUGGCACUUCCUUUAUGUCACGGAUCCUUAAGGUUGUUAAGAGGAGUGCAGCUCACCAAGAAGCAGCAGCUCCUGCCGUGACAUGGCCCCGCGGAACCCGUGGUUCUCCAUUUUCCACUGCCAGGUUUUCUAGGGCACCAUUCCCAAGAGGCAUGACUGGUGGAUAUAGGCCUCGUGCCUUAAUCAAACCAGGUGCCAGGAGUAUGCAGUGGAAGCGGGAUUCUCAAACCACUCCUGGUGAAAGUGGCACUCCAGUCUCUGGCAUGGCUGUUCCCUCACCCACAGGUCGUAGUCUCACCUAUGUUCGAACAGAAGCUAAGCCAGCAGGCAACUAAUUCAAAGAUCUUAAGAAUGUCAGACUUGAAGUUGCGCGAUGAAUGCUUAAUGUUAGUUGGAAUCCAGCAAAAUGGAGUACAUGAUUUUUGUAUAUGGUCGAGAACAUUGGUACAAGGAAGGUCCAGAGUGGUGAAGGGAAAGGUUUCACUAAUUGCAAUUUUUUUCCGGUUUAUUUUUUGAUAUGGGGAGUAAAGCAGGUUUAAUUCUUCUGCCUGGCAUGGGAGAAAUGAGGGAAAUUAUUUUGGGCGGAGCGGUCAAGUCCUUGGAUGUUUCUUCCGGAGAUACUGUUUUAGGACAAAUUUGUAUAGAGCGGGCGGACAGUAGAUGAUUUCUUUUCGAUGGAUAUGGACAAUAAUAUCUUUUAAUUUGUUUUGUAAUUUUUGUACUCGUUGAAAA